AUGUCGUCUGCAGCUUCUUUCGUUGCAGGCCCCCGAACGCCGCCCUUGCUGGAGGAAACUCUGGGGGAACUCAUGCAUCGACAGGCUGCUCGAUAUGGAGACCACAAAGCAGCCACCUUCUCCUGGCAACGUCAUACACUAUCGUACAAUGACCUUGCAAACCGAAGCGAAGCAAUUGCAAAGUCGAUGUUGGCCAGAGGGCUGAGGCAUGGAGACAACAUUGCAAUCAUGGCCGGGAAUUGCUAUCAAUACCUCGAAACGUUCAUCGCUGCUGGCCGAAUAGGCUGUCCUUUCGUUGUCCUGAACAACACCUACACUCCGAAAGAACUGAUCUCUGCCUUGAGCGUCACCUGCAAAAUUACAGCAUGCAAACUUCUCUUUAUCGCUGCACAAAUCCGACUGAAAGAUCUGUCUGCACAUAUCGAAGCCGUGUCCAAGGAACUGAGCACCAUACCCUGUGUUUCCCUGUCAGCAGAAGACAAUGCAACGCAUAAGGCAUUGGGGUUGUGUACUUAUUCAUCUUUCGCCUCUGAAGGACGGAACAUCGACCAGGCAACACUGAAGCGAGCAGAGAGCCGUAUCAGAUGUGAUGAUGUCGUCAACCUCCAAUUUACUUCCGGAACCACUGGCGCUCCGAAAGCAGCCAUGCUAACUCACAGGAACCUCAUCAACAAUGCCCGCCUCGUCGGGAUGACCAUGCGCUUGAAUCCCUCUGACAUCAUCUGUUGUCCACCUCCCUUAUUUCACUGUUUCGGGCUGGUGAUGGGCUUUCUAGGGUCAUUCACCCAUGGCAGCAGAGUUGUGUUUCCAUGCGACCAGUUCGAUGCUGACUCCGUCCUCGAUGCACUGAAUGAAGAGAAAUGCACUGCGCUCCUCGGCGUGCCAACCAUGUUCAUUUCGGAGAUCGAAGCCAAUAAAGCAAAGAAAUAUAAAAUCUCGUCGGUUAAGACGGGGCUCGUUGCAGGGUCGUCCGUGUCGCCGGCCUUGGUGAAGCAAUUAGACCGAGAGUUUGGAAUCAAGGGAAUGCUCAUUCCAUAUGGAAUGACUGAAACAAGUCCAGUAACAUUCAUGACUGUGUUUGAUGACACGGAAGAAAGACGAACUAAGACUGUUGGACGAGUGCUACCACACACGAUGGCCAAGAUUGUUGACCGCGCCGGAAACAUUGUCCCGCGCGGGGUGCGAGGAGAGCUCUGUGUCAGUGGAUAUUCUCUACAGAAAGGGUACUACAACAAUCCAGCCAAGACAGACGAAGCAAUGAAGAGGGAUGAAAAUGGUAUACUGUGGAUGUAUACUGGCGACGAAUGCGUCAUUGACGAGGAGGGUUACUGUUCGGUAACUGGACGGAUCAAGGAUAUUAUCAUUCGCGGCGGUGAAAACAUCUUCCCCAGCGAGAUUGAAAGUUGCCUGGCCGAGCAUCCGUCCAUCGCCGAGGCCAGCUGCGUCGCCAUCAAAGACGCCAGGUAUGGCGAAGUCGUCGGCGCGUUCCUCCGCGCGCAUCCACGACCCGGCUGCCUCGACCUCGACCUCAAGGAGGGAAACAGAACGCGGCUCAUGAGGCCGAGUUGGAGGGAAGUCAACAAUUGGGUGCGCAAAUCGCUGGGCAGUCACAAAGCGCCCAGAUAUGUUUUCUGGGUCGGGGAUGACGGUGUAGGCCAAGAGUUCCCCAAGACCGGCAGUGGGAAGAUCAUGAAGCAUCUUCUUCGAGACGUAGGGGAGAAACUUGUGCAGAUGGGUAGAGGGAUGGAAGACAAGGGGCCAGAGGACAAGGCGGUGGCGGUGAGAGCCAGGCUGUGA